GCCUUGCUUCCGCAGAGGCUUCCCCCAACCCGACGCGGAGGAGACUUGCUUCCGGCCCCGGGUGGGCGCCGGUUGGAAUCCCGGUGUGCUGCGGUGCUGUGCCGCGCCGGCAGAGCGCCGGUCCGGGCGCGAGGCCCGUGCGGGGCCAUGAACGGGACCGCGAACCCGCUGCUGGACCGCGAGGAACACUGCCUGCGGCUCGGGGAGAGCUUCGAAAAGCGACCGCGAGCCUCCUUCCACACCAUUCGCUAUGAUUUUAAGCCAGCAUCUAUAGAUACCUCCUGUGAAGGAGAGCUUCAGGUUGGCAAAGGAGAUGAAGUCACAAUUACACUGCCACAUAUCCCUGGAUCCACACCACCAAUGACUGUGUUCAAGGGGAACAAACGGCCUUAUCAGAAAGACUGUGUGCUUAUUAUUAAUCAUGACACUGGUGAAUAUGUGCUGGAAAAACUCAGUAGCAGCAUUCAGGUCAAGAAAACAAGGGCUGAGGGGAGCAGUAAAAUCCAAGCCCGAAUGGAACAGCAGCCCGCUCGUCCCCCACAGCCAACACAGCCAUCACAGCCGCCUCCGCCCCCACCACCUAUGCCAUUCAGAGCUCCAACAAAGCCUCCAGUUGGACCCAAAACUUCGCCCUUGAAAGAUAACCCUUCACCUGAACCUCAGCUGGAUGACAUCAAAAGAGAGCUGAGGGCUGAAGUGGACAUUAUUGAGCAGAUGAGCAGCAGCAGUGGGAGCAGCUCCUCAGACUCUGAGAGCUCCUCGGGAAGUGAUGACGACAGCUCCAGCAGCGGAGGCGAGGACAACGGCCCUACCUCUCCUCCCCAGCCUGCACACCAGCAGCCCUACAACAGCAGGCCGGCCCUUGUCAAUGGAACCGGCCGGCCACAGGGGAGCAACCAGCUCAUGAACACCCUCAGAAAUGACUUGCAGUUGAGUGAAUCUGGGAGUGACAGUGAUGACUAGAGCUGGAUCUUUCUAAAUCAACUUUUUGGUGCACAAAUAUACUGCAAGACCGGACUACUUUUGCAUGGAAUCCAUUGACAAGAGAAAAUGCUGUGGAUCAGUGACUGUAGUAGGAAUUCGAGGCCCUAAAGCUCUCAGAUAUUCAAGUCUUUAACUUAAUGGUGAUGGGUGACUUUCUUGUGUAAUUAUUUGAACAAUCUCAUGUUUCAAGGUUUAAGUAGAUCUAUAGAAGAACUAACAAUUAUAUUUCUAUUUGGUUAACAUUGGCAAUGAAAAACAGGCAAAUGUGCCCUGGUCUAGGUUACUCAAAGGCCAUAUCUUCACCAGGCCAGUGAUUCUGUUUUAAACCCUGGCAGUCACCAGUUUGGCCAAGUGGUCUGCACCAGUGAAAUGAGAAACAGUCUUUGAGGGAUAGGAGAGAGGGGGAAACCUCAGACUGCCACAUAGAAGUAUGUUAAAACCACUUGAAAUGUGGAAACAAAGUGGUAAGGAAGUUUUGUUUGACAGCCUGGCAAGCCUGUGAAGAAAUGGACUUCAAGGUGGAGUCCUCAGGUGUCAGCUGGGCGGGACCCUGGAGCCCUAGCAGUUCAACCCCCUCAUUUACAAAUAAGGAAAGGGAAGCACUCAGCUGGUUUAGCCUCCUGCCCCCAGUCCAGGCUUUUCCCACUGUCCCCUCCCUUGAGUCUCAUUUGUUAGAACCAGAGGUUCUCAUACGUGAGACUUACAGAUGUACAUAGGAAUUUGUAGUGGAUUCCAAAAGACAAGUGUUGUGUACUUCUAGCUCAAAUUCAGAUCCAGACAGUCCCUAAAUGCAGGAGGCUGGGUUAGCAGAUUAAACCAGCAGCCAGUGUACUGACACAUGACCCAGCUAAUUUGGGGCUUUUACUUCUGAGUAGAUCCAUAUUAAGUGUUCCUCAUUCAGUGGAUUGUAGUGGGGGAGGCAGGAGUAGAAGAGAGGUGUAGUGAGGAAACCUUUCUAAACAAAUGAACCAGCAGCAGGUUUUCAGAAACCAGAAUCUAAAUAGGAGUUCUGCAAUAUGAAAUGAGCACAUUCUUUUGAUAAGGUGUCUCUGUUCGUGCAUUUGUACCACUGUUUGUGCCUGAUUGCCAGACUGAUUUGUAGUUUUUAUAUACAGGUAGAAGAAAGUCACAAGGUUGCCUUCUGCAUUGUGCAGUUUCCAAGUGAAUCUGUUGUUGAGGAAACUGGUCACUAGUAAAUGUUUCAUAUUGAGUGAAUGUGCGAUAAAUUGUCCCAUAAUUAGUUUGCAGUGUCCCAUUUCUGUAAUUUGAAUGAAUAUGUCCGGAGAAAUUUCCAUCUACUUUGGUUUAGCAGGUAUCAGUAACAUUAAAUAUGAUUUUCCUUCCUGGGAUCCCUCCA